AUGGGAUGCUACAUAUAUUAUCUCACCUAUUCGCCAUUUUGAACUUCGCGAUCGUUGCAACUUUUGGCGCUUUACCGGUGUACCAAAAUAGUGUCAACACCCCGCUCAACCUCAAUUGAUGAAGUCAGAGAGAGUCCAAUAACCCAGGAUAAUCUUCAAUGAUGAAACUUUAAUUCUGUGUUGGUAUCUUUAUCCAAAAUCAUAUGAUAAGGUGUGCAUUGUCGCUUAGAAGUGAUCACUUCCGAACUGGAAAACUGAAUUACCGAGUGUAGUUGCGUGCAUGGUGUAACUGUCGUAGAUGUUCGUAAACGCGAGGAUUCAAUGGGGAAACCGUAAACGACGCAACACGCACUCCCUCACGUAAACAUUGCCAAAACUUUACCCAGACCCUUCAUUGAAUCACGAAUUUCUUUUGAUUGACCUGUCCCGUCUGUGUGUAGCGUUCCAUACCCAGGGCUGUAACUCGCUGCCAGCCCGAGGCAGUGGAAAUAUAUUUGCAGUCAAGCAUUUGCAAUGAUGCAUGCUGCCUCGGACACCUUCGCCAUGUUUUGGAGGUUUGGUAUGCCGACGACGUCACAUAUUGACACGUUGCUAGAAAAAGAGGAUAUCACUUUAACAGAAGUACUAGAGGAAGACGAUGUAUUACAGGAAUGUAAAGGACAGAACAGGAAACUUAUAGACUUCCUGGUGAGGACAGACGUGAUAGAGGAGCUAGUCAACCUGAUAACGACUGAACCGUCCCAAGAUCUACAUGAAUCUGUACAGUACAAGAACCCCAACAUGGCCUGUGAGCUUCUCACGUCAGACGUGGCCGCUAUAUGCGACAAAUUAGCAGACACAGAUACCGCUUUCACAAAUUUAUGGAAGUUCUUAGACAGACCAGCCCCACUCAACCCCCUCCUAGCAAGCUUCUUUAGUAAGACGAUAGGGUCGUUGCUAUCCAGAAGACCGGAGGUCGUCGUCGAGUUCAUCAAAGGCAAAGAGGACUGCAUAGGCUUGCUCCUUUCUCAUUUAGAAGUGUCUGCUAUUAUGGAUCUUAUUCUUAGGCUAAUCACAUGUAUUGAAUCACCAGAAAUCAGGAUAUCAUUCCUCAAUUGGUUAAACGAUCAAAGGUUUAUCCAGAGAUUAGUAGACCUCAUAGAUACAGAACAAUCAGAAGAUACACAUAGCAAUGCAGCACAGACGUUAUGUGAUAUCGUCAGACUCACUAGGGAACACAUGUCACAAUUACAAGAAUGUGCAGAGAAUGAUCCUUUACUCACAACAAUAGAAAUGGAAGAAACUGUAUCAGAGUUACUAGAUCACAUGUUCAAGGGCACGAUAUCAGAAUCAGCAAUAGUCAAUGGUAUAUCAGUUCUACUCUCAUUAUUGGAAUUUAGGAAACAAGGGGCUGCAUGGGCAUUGUCCUUCGGUCCAGACGGUCAAGAACAGAUGACCCAACUGGACGCUGAGAGGUUAGCAAGGGGGGUCAGCGGUACACUCAAAGCAGUCGUCAGUAGGUUAGCAGAUAUGCAGCAGUUAUUAGAAGAUCCACCAGGGAGAAAAGAAAUGUCAACGACGGUCGGCAAGCUAGAACCACCUCUAGGCAAUGUUAGGUUACAAAUCAGUAAAUUAGUUUCUUCACUACUCAUCACAAACACAGCUGCAAUCAAUGCUGAACUAGCAAGACUAGGCACCAUCAAGAAAUUAGUGGAUCUCUUCUUAACGUAUGCAUGGAAUAACUUCUUACAUUUAGAGGUGGAGAAGUCAAUUAGUACAAUACUUUCCAACAACCCAACAGAGUCUGAAGAAGGCAAGACGCAACAUCCGCUCUUAGUACAUCUGUUCACAGAAAGCAAGCUAAUUCCCAAAGUAAUGGAGGCAUGGGAGGAGAAUGAGGUCAUACAGAAACAGGGCAGGUCAAGAAGAGGUUAUAUGGGUCACAUGACCAGGAUAGCAAAUGCUAUUACGCACGAGAUGGAGAAAGGAUGCAAUAAUGAACAGAUCAAAUCUCUCUAUCAAGAAUAUAUACCAGAGGAGGUUAGAGAGAAAUGGAGUUCAUUUCUAGCUGGCAGUCUAGCAGAAACAAACAAGAGGAAUCUGGUUGAAUUGGUUGGUACCCAUCCGCUGCAUUCAUCAAGCGAAGACGACGAUUCAGACUUCAAGGAUAUCGACUUUGGCAAAGACACAGCUUUACAACAGGCCUUCUCCGAUUAUCAGAUGCAACAAAUGACGUCCCAUUUUAUUGACCAGUUCGGCUUCAACGACGAAGAGUUUGCAGAGCAAGAGGAGAACGUGAACAACCCAUUUGACAGGAUUUCAGAUAUCAACUUCUCAAUAUCCGCCAACGAAGACAACCCCAACUCUGCUCUAUUUGAAGCAUGCUGCAAUGAAAGAGUACAACCCUUUAACGAUAGUAAUAGUGAUGAUGAAGAUAUCUGGGAGGAUAAAGAGAAAGAGCUCACGUAUACAGCGAAUGAUGACCUGAGGUCAAGCGAUGUAUCGUCAAAGAACGAAGUGGGCAGCGACCAGGCCAACCAUAGUAGUGAUGAAGAUGAAGACGAAGGGGAUGAAUCGAGAGAUAACACAAUAGAAGAGUUCCCUCCUCUAGGUAGGCCGGCUCAAAGCCCUCUUGCUGCUCAGAAUGGAGAUGAUGUCAAGAUGGAUGUAGACUCGGAAGCAUGGCAAGCGAACUUUGAACAAGCACCUGUUGCCAUGGAUACGACACCAAGUGGGUGGGAGCAACCUACAUCGUCAACAGGAGACGAGGAUACAGGCUGGGCCAACUUCAAUGAAUUUAAUGCUAACUUUACUCCUGAUGAUGGUUCAUCUGGACCGAGGAGUAGCUCACCCGUCGCGAUGGAAAGCGAGCCUUCGUCACAGGACAGCAAGGAGGCCAGUGAAGCCAUGGCGUUGCCAUCGUCACCUAGUCCUAGUUCUGAAGUACAAAGUUCAACAGAUACUGCAAGGAGUUCAGCUUAUGUUGUAUCAAGUAGUUCUUCAGAGCAAGCAACGGUUAGUGAAGGAUCACCCAAUACUUCUACAGAAGCUCUUCAAGAUCAAUCAGAAGAAAAGGCAAUGGUAGUAGAACCUUCAGCGUCCUCUAUUGACGAGAGGAUAUCACAAGGAGCGGAGGACAAUCCACCUAGCCAGCAGUCUAACGACCAAACUUUAAACAAUGCAGUUAGUAGUUCAUCUGAUCCCAAAGGACCAUUAUCAAAUGCAGCUUCGGCUGAGCCCCAGCAAGUUCCAAUGGACCUACCUGUUAGUAAUCCUGUUCAAAGUCAGCCGGACACGGCUCCUAUAGUUGAGAAUGACUCUAAUGUUAGUAGUAAUCAAGUAUCUGUGAUCAGUAGCCUUGCAUCACCAGUUAUUUCUAGUCAAGACUCGACGCCUGUGAAUAUACCUCUCUCUAAUUCAAAUCCCAACUCCCACGCGGAGGUCUCUCCAAGCACCGGCUCGGUGAACCCUAGCUUGAACACGGACUUGCCUAGCGAGAAAUGCGGCAUGAGCAACACCGCACUUCAUACGAACCCCGGACAGUGUAUACCCACCAUGGGUUGCAACGCUGCGGAUCCGAAUAACUUAUCUCCCGUCGAGAACAUGAGUAAUCACGCCGUGGUCAAUGAUGUCGGAAAUGCGGACGUCGGCAUCAACAUCAAGGCAGAUUUGAAGAUGGAGCUGAGUGAGGAGGUCUCGUCGCCGACGACAUCGCCCGUCGAUGGAGACAGCAGUCCGGAAGCGGCUGUGACGAUCUCGCCGGUUACGACGAACCAGGACAGCAAUAACGUUCAUUCAAAUCUAAUCAACAAUGAUGCUAACCUAUCACCAGAAGGGGACACUACAGAUAAACUUAGUUUUAUUGCCAAGUCUGAAUUUAUGAAGUCUGGAGCUAGUUCACAAUCACCCAGCUCACCGAGCCCUAAUGGACCUCUUGAUCUCCAGGAUGCUCAACAUAAUAGGAAUGAUUCGUCAGAAAAUAUUGACAUUCAGGUGACUCCAGUAACUCAGAAUGGACCCGUCUGACACAACUCUCCACCCCCAUAAUACACGUAGAACUGUCCAUGCUGCCAUCCACCCAACAGUGCCAUUUGGUGCAGUCCACUGCGCGCGAGGGAGGAGAGGAGCGUUGCAAUCGGAGGGGAGAAAUCAAUGCCCACAGUGCUCAUGAUACGCAAGACGUUUUCCAUGAUCAUCCGCAUAUUUUCAAAUGUUUAGUCUCACCGGGUGAUAUCUUUUCCUGACGUUGCACCAGUCACUUUCUGAGUAGUGACAGGGCUCGCUCCAAGCAAACUCCCCUGGACGUAGUUAUGACAUCCUUUUAUAGUCAACUUUUAGGUAUUUCUAUUCGUAUUUAAUUAUCGACAGGUGUGAACAAUUAUCCAGAUUUAUUUUUUCUAUGAUUUUCACGUUUGGGAAAUGCUUUCACACUCAAUUACUAAUGCUACUGAAUGCUCUAUGUUUAUUUGUCUUUGAGAGAUGUAUUUGCCUGCAUCUCAUUUUAUUUCACUUGUUUUGUUUUAAACUGAAAUGCAUAUACCUCACAGGAUUACUUGUGUUUUUAAAGCAAACCAGUAUUUGGUAUGUUCUGCUGCUCGGUGCGGAACGCAGCCCUUGUGCGGUGGGUUCAACAAGGCAUUACGUACAUACCAUACUUUCCCACAUAGCAUUUAUUAUGUUGCUUGUAAACUUUCUGUAAAAAUACCCCUAAUCCUAUGACCACCAAUUCCUCCAGUGGGAAUCUGUGGGUUCACCCUAACUGCACAGGACUAUGUUAUAAGAGAGGGUCAUCAAACAUGACUUUGUGACAAAAAUUAGGACACAUGGUUUGUCAGAAUUAAUUUCUGGGGAGCGUUUCAUGAAAGGACUUGUUGGUCGUUCGAUCCGGUAGUUACUAUAGUUACAAGGCUUCUCAGCCAAUCAAAAUCAAGGAAAGUUGUCAGAUCUUACAACUUGUCGGAUAAAAAUGGUGAUGAAACGCUCCCCAUGACCCCAAAACUCUGAGAAUUGAUUUUCUUAAAAACUUAGAUUACUUAAGUGAGAUGUAUGUAAACUCGGAGGCUCCCAUCACAAAAACCGUAAAAAUUAAUUGGACUGAUUUCACAAUGCAUUGAUCAUGUGCAAUCAAUUGUAAAAAUCAGUCGUACCAUCUAUUGCUAUGCUUCUCAUUUAUUGCCUAGAUUAAUUGUAUCGAAAUAAAUUUUACUGUGUGAUAACUGCUCUUUUGUUCUUCCACUAUUACACUGAUCUCAUGCCAAAGCAAUCAUUUGUAAACUCAAUUCACAUGUCAGACAUAACUAUGUAAAGCAUAUCAAAUCUUCAAUAUAAACACAAUAUAUUACGUAAUACUAUUAUUCAUAUGUGAUGAGGAAGAAUCAAUGAGUUCUAGGCAUUCAGUUAAAAAAGAAGAAAAAAAUAUAUUAACAGCUGUGAGGUUGUGAGGACAUUUUCUGGGCGAACUCAAGUAUUAAUAUUAUCAUUUCAUUUGCUAUGCUCCAAAGGUAUUAUAGAAUUUAUUCCUCACUCUAAGGACAUCAAACUAUAUUCUUAUUCACCAAAAUUUUAUGGAAAUGAUUGUUUGAGAUGAGUUGGUUUGUCACUCAUGGUGUAACAUAACAAAGGGGGAGGGGAUUGGCUAUGCUGCGUCUGCUACAUUCCUAGUUCAUAUAUCACAUUAGAUGAUUAGCAGGGAUGUAGUCUAGGCCGGCCUCAAGGCCACAUUUUGCCGGCCUUGGCCUUGGCCUGAGUCACAUGUACGAAGUCUAUGGGAGAAGGUUUUCUCUAGUGGCUUCAUGACCAGCCUUGCCUACAUCCCUUAUGAUUAGAUAGCUAAUGUUUCUAUUUUCCUAACUCCAAUGAGAAUACUCUGUGCUGAAAUGAAAGCACUUUGUUAUUUGCUUGAAAAUUAAAUAUUUACCUCAAGUAAUCGGCGAUCAUUCAUCCUCGGUUUCGAUGGUGUGAAGUUGUCUUUGCCCAGAAGUUUCUUAAGCAAAGGUGUUGUUUUUGUGUUUAAUUUUAUUUGAUUUCUUAACGCAUGGGCUUUGAAUAUAUGUUAACUAGAUAAAUCUGACACAUGUGUUUUAUGCUGAAUAAUUGUGAAUGUGUUUUGUUGAAUGUCGAGGGGUUAUGCUGAAGUGAUAGCAAGGGCCUUUUGCACAAAAGCUUGCAAUCAGUAGCAAAUCAAAAAUGAAACGCAAUUUGACCUCCAACCAAUCAAAGGCACACGUUUGUGAUUUGUGUUUGAUUUCAAUGCAAUUUUCUCUGCAUCAGGCCCCAGUUGCCCAAAUGUGAUUUGUUAAAUAAUUUUUAAAAAGCGAUUGAAUGGUCGUCAUUAUUUUUCAAUUCAAUGCAAUUUAUAUCAUUUCUUUUUUUAAGAAUCAGUGUUUUUUUAUAAGCAGCUGGGAUUUGAUUUAUGCAGUUUAAGCUAUGGCUGUUUGGUGUUUGAUUACACGGUAUAUGCUGUCCCCAUACUGUUCACACGUGCACUUAAUCUACAAGUUUACUUAUGCACGUAGAUGUUUUAUCUUAAAUCUGCUUUAGUGUUUGGAAAUCACAUUUCCCGCACUCAAUAUAUGUGAACACAUAUUUUAAAACACGAAAGGUAUAUAAAUAUGGAAAGAACAAUAAAGCUGUGUUCAUAUUCAGAUAAAUGCAUGAAUUUCUGUUACCCUUCUAAUUAUCUUUUUCAAUAUUUACAGACUUGAAAAACAAUCCACUCCAAACCCCUCUGAUGUAUCAGAUUUUGCAUCGGCACUUUUUCAUUGUCAUAUUCAGUAACAUUUUAAUUUGUGUGAACACCCCUGUAGUUCUAUUCACUGCCUGACACAUGCGUGUGUUCUUUUGAAUGUCCACCUCGCCCUUGUUCACACUUCACAGAACAAUUUAGAACAGAACAGUGAGGUAUGUCGUGUGUGGUAGCAUUCAGUGUGGGGACAGUCCAAGUGUUUUCUCAUCUAAUGAAGGGAUUAGGACUGUUUUCAUACUCACAGUAUGGGGACAGCAGUGACCUUUUUAUGUGGUUUGUAGUCCAAUGCUGAACGAUGAUUACAUUUUAUCUGGCAGGGAAGUCUAUAAUAGUUACUAGAAUAUACAUAUCAUAUGGCAUGAAUAAAGAGGAAUAUUUUUAUGUCAUUAAGUCGAUUAUUACAUAUCACUUGUGUAUGUGCCAUUUGAAAGAAAUGAUAAAAAAGAGCAUAUGUAUAUUUGUUAUUCACUAAAAAACAUUUGUAAGAUACAUGUCAUCUGAUGUCCUUUCAUUUUAAGUACAGUCAAACACGCCGAGAAUGGUUAUUUUUCUCUAUAUAUUUCUUGUAACGUGAGAAAAAUGCAAGUUUUUGACUGAUUAAUGGAUAUUAUCGUUUUUUAUUUUGUUGUGUGGUUAGUAGUUAAUAGAUAGUGAGUUUCCUUUCAUAAACCGUCAAUUUUAUAAUUUAUCUUUAAACAAGAGCGAGUGAGAGAGAGAAAUACAUGCAAAAGAUAUUCUAUUAUAAAAUGUACUUCCAGUUUUCAUUGUUUUUAACCACAGGAGGGUGAAAAGAUAUAUUGUUGUUUGGCGGCAUAAAAACGCUAAUUAGAAAUGACUGUAUGCAGUGCUUAGCGCCUUUAUGCCUCUGAAGAAACCACUGUUUUGUAAAUAUUAGAUAUUAUACACUGUCCUUACAUAGGACACACACGUUAAUCAGUGGGAGGCCAAAUCAGUUUUUUGUAUAUUUGUGAGCAGUGUUGUCCAGUCGUAAGAAAUGGUGAAAAUGUGGACCACGGUUGCUUUCUUCGGGGAAUAUGGAACGUAGUUUGCAAAUGGUUUCAGGGAUGUGCGCGACCCCCAUUAUGUCAAAAGGAAAAUAAAUUAAUAAUCAAAAGACAAAGUAAAGAAUGUAAGUCAGUACAGUUGUCAUAGUUAUCUUAACAUAGCAUGAAUUUCAUUUUUCUCUAAAUUUUCCCUUAUCAGGAUUCAAAUGAAUGAUAAUUAAAAUUGGGGAGGGGGGAGUAAAGUGAGUCCCUUCUGUCUUUUAUGGGCUUUAAAUGUGAUAUAAAUUGCCAAAAAAGUAAGCACUAUAUGUGAUCAACUAUGAAUUUCACUUAGUUUUAUCUACAUCUGCUAACUUGAUCUUGUGAAAUGAUUGAGAAUCACAUGUUAACACACAUUUCAAAGCAUUUAAUUCAUGCAUAACUAACAGUUUUCAAACACUGAAUUUGUUUCCCUUCAUAUUUCGCACAUUAACCCCUCAAACAUAAGACCACUAUUAACUUACAAAUCUUUGCAUUUGAGUAUAAAUAUGCUAGAAAAACUGGAAAUACUCUCGGGGGAAAAAAAAAUUAUCUUAAAUGGACAAAUUCUAGGAGACCGGGUUGCGUGGCACACAUGGGAGUUCGUUGUGGGUAUGGCAUGCUGCAAGACGCCUGAUGAUAUUAGUGUUGUAUCAAAGUAUGUCAUGAAGGGGGUCAUAGCUGUUGCAGUGGUGAAAAUGGCUGAAGUAAUUUGGGGGCCUGUAUCAUAAAGCUUUGCAAUGGAUUACAAAUUAUAAAUGAACAAUUCUUGGUUUCUGAGCAGUGGUCUAAACAAAAUGCACAUGCAACGGUCAUUUUGAUUGGCCAUUGCCGUUAAGUGAUUGAUUGCAAACCCUUUAUGAUACGGGGCACAGCUAUUCGCUCUGUUGGAUGUUCCUAUACGAUCGAUCAUAAUUUAUUUCGAGAGUGGAUGUUUUCUUGUUUCUCCCUCACAUGGUCAUCCAAGGUUCACACAUUUAGUGCUUAUUAAAUGUCUUCUACUUGAUUCAUUUGAAAUCUUUAUUUUUGCCGAAAAAAAUUGAUCUAACGGUUGCAAACAUUUCCUGAAACUUGCCCUUGACAGCUAUUUCAAUGCAAAGUCCUAUCAAAUACACCAGGGGUGUUGCAAGAAAAUAUUUGCAAUCAAUUGCAAAUUUCAGAUGCAAACAUUGAUCUAAUGGUCGCAAACAUUUCCUGAAACUCGCCCUAGAAGGCUAUUUCAAUGCAAGUCCUAUCAAAUACACCAGGGGUGUUGCAAGAAAAUAUUUGCAAUCAAUUGCAAAUUUCAGAUGCAAACAUUGAUCUAAUGGUCGCAAACAUUUCCUGAAACUCGCCCUAGAAGGCUAUUUCAAUGCAAAGUCCUAUCAAAUACACCAGGGGGUGUUGCAAGAAAAUAUUUGCAAUCACAAAUUUCAGAUGCAAAUUUACAAGAGAUAAAUCAAUUAUAAAUAAAGCAUUUUUAGUUGACACUUAUUGAUGCAAGAAGCGGACCAUCAAUCAAUUGCAAAUUUGUAACGAUAUUUGCUACUUUCUAAUUGAUUUUGGAACGCAAGAAUUACUUGCGAUUAAUUGCAAGUUUCAUGCAACACCCCCAUGAAAGUCUCUGUGCAGUGAAAUCUGUGUAUAAAGACUGCUCAAGGGAGACAAGGAAUGUGAUCUUUACAGACGGGACCAUUCUUGCACAAACUGAAAUUAUUAGUCAUAUUCAAGGGUAAUGAAAUAAAAUGAAAUGAAAUAUAGGCCUUUGUGUAGGUAUGUCAUGCUAAGACACAGGUGGUCUUGAAACUGUUUCACAUGCCAUUCUGGGUCCCUUCUUACAAGACUUGCGAUUGAUCCGAUCAAUCACAACUAUGGACGGCCAGCAACGUCACCAUCAAUUACGUAUGUUUGUUCAAAAUAUUUUCUAACUAUGAUGUACAUUCAUGCAUUCAUUGUUUUCUUGAAAAUUCACUGUGCUUCUCUUUGCAUACAAAGGACAUUGUGCACAUUUUCUGUAGAAAAAAUUAUGGCACUGAUGUAUUUCCAUAGAGUUACGAUUGAUUGGAUCAAUGGUAACUCUUUGUAAGACGGGGCCCUGGUAUCUGCCCGAUUAAGCUAAAGAAACACCAACAAAACCGUCUCCAGACUAAUUGAACCUAUUAUUUUGAAUGUCCCGUCACUGGUCGGGUUUGGAUUUGGCUUCGUUGGUGUGCCUGCAGCGUCAAGAGAAUUUGAUGUGGAAAUUGUUCCGAGUCUUGAGAUGCUUGUGACAAAAUACACUCAAUCUCCUCGAUGGACUGUAGAAGAUCUAAUUAAGAAUGGUGACUCGCCCCUCCCUUUCAUUCUCUCAUGAUGAUAAUGAUGUUAUAUUUCUAGGAAAGUGGUACCAGUCUGUCAUCAUCACUGAGAAUUCUUUUUCCACCCUACCUUGUGGAUGGUUUGUUUGUAUAUGGUAAAUAAUAAAGGACUUGAUUUGAAUAUUUCAUGGACACAUGCUUUAUCUUGAUUCAAUUGUAAUGAUGGUGACAACAAAUAGAAAAUAAAAAAGGAAAAAAAAUGAAAGAAAAGGAGAAUUGCUAAUCACAAAGUAUGUAUAUGAUUUUACUAAACAGAUCUUGUGUUUUCUUUUAGAUCUGUUGGAAGAUCGGAGGAGUAUUGAUCAUAGUGUAGUAUUGUUGAUAAAAACUUGUAACAGAAGAGGGUUAUAAAUAAUAAAUAGUUAUUUCCAUCUUCCCAUUAA